AUGCUUAAAAAAAUGUGGUGCUGUUGUUGUGCAAAUCAAGCAAGAAGCCAAGAACUAUGACGCAUCAAAAUCAUCAGACUAACGGCGCUAGUUUGGAGGAUUGCCAUACAAACUUUUAUGCCUUGACUGAUUUGUGUGGAAUAAAAUGGCGCAAGUUCGUUAACGGCGAACGGCCAAAUGCCUCGAGCGAUCCAUUGGCCGACCCGAUACUGAGCUCCUAUUCGCGAUGCAUGCAGGCGGAUAUGCUUUGCGUGUGGAGGCGCGUGCAGUCGACCAAACAGGAUAACACCGAUCCGAAUGCCUUAAACUUUGAGAUUACUACAUCAACCAAAGUACACCCGCCUUUAUCGCUGGCCGCCGCCAAGGAGUUGUGGAUUUUUUGGUAUGGCGAGGAGCCGGAUCUCAGUAAACUGGUCGAUGCUGAGUUGCUCAAAGUAGCGGCCAACCAAGCGCUUUGGAAUGGCACCUGGAAAGGUGAACUCACCUAUGAGUGCCGCUCGCUGCUUUUCAAAGCGCUGCACAAUCUUAUGGAGCGAUUUGUGCUCACCAAGGACAUUGUGCGCUUUGGCAAGUGGUUCGUACAACCUUGCACUUCCAGCGAUCGUCUCUUUGGACGCAGCUCGCAACACUUAUCCUUCUCAUUCACGUUCUUCGUUCACGGCGAUACGGUUUGCGCCUCCAUAGACUUGCGCGAACAUCCCGCCGUGCGUCCGCUCACCAAGGAGUAUCUGACUGAGGCGGCUGCUGCCUUUGCCGCAGCCAGCGGUAGUCAAGCCGCCGCCGCCGCACGCAGCCAGGAUCAAAAUAAUGGCACAGCCACGCUGCCAGCGAGUUCGCCACUGGUUGAGCCCGGCAGCGAAAAGGCAGCAACGUCAACGCCGGCGCAGGCGCGUAAAGUGAUGCUAGCGCCAUUUGGCAUUGCGGCCGUGCUGACCGGCAAUAGCUACAAGGCGAACGAUCCCAUUGCCGAGAAGAUAUUACACGACUGGGAAUCGUUUUUUCCGCUGUGCAAUAAGGACAACACGGAUGUGCCACCAGUGGUCGAGGUGGUAUCGGGUGGUCAUAAGAUGUAUCAUCCCACAAACUAUGUACUAGUCACGGAUCUGGACGACAUGGAGCAGCUGGAAUUUACGGAACUGCAUAAAGCGAAUGGCGCUGCCAGCGGCGGUCCCGUUGCAACAGCAGCUGAAACAGCUGUGCUUGCCUCGUUAUCUGUGCCCAGCGCUACAGCUGCGGCCAAAGAGGCAGCGGCGGCAACAGCGCGCAAGGCCACAACGCAAGCGGUCAGCGCCUUGGAGCGUUUAACGUUUCAGCCCUACUACGAUCAGCGUCCCACAUCGGGCUUCACCUUCAAUACCAACAAUACUCAUAUACCUGCCUCAGCGGCUAUUGAGAUGCCAGAGCGUGCCUGGCAGGAUUGUAUUAUGAAUACGCUGCAUGUGGAUGCAGCUGCAGCAGGAGCAGCGUCCGCAACAACGACGAAUAUUAAAGCUGAAGAAGAUCAGAGCAAGCAAACGGAUUCCAAGCAGCUGGUGCAGCAGCAAAUCCAACAGCAGCAGCAACAAAGAAAAAAGCUGUGGAACUUUGUGGAUCCUAUGCAGAAGGCGCCCUGCAUAUGCACCAAUGCUCAAUGCAGCGGCAGCAGCAGCAGCAGCAGCAGCAGCAAACGUCAGCAGAGCAAUAACAGUCCUAGCCUGGCUGUUGGCUCGCCUGCAUUGCGUGCAGCGAUCAGUGCUGUUAGCAGCGGCGUCGGCAGCAGCAGCAGCAACAGCAAAUCAACAACGUUCCAGCAUUAUCAACAACAACAGCAACAUCAUUUUUAUCAAAGGCCAGGCACACCUGCACUACCAACAGCAGCAGCAGCAACAACAGCAAUCGCAGCAGCAGCAACAUCAAGUGUGGGUGCUUAUGCUGCCUACUCUUCCGUCUCCGUCUCCGCGGCAGCCUCUGCCUACUGCGCCGCCAAUUCCAACACUACUACUACUUCCCACUACUAUUCCUCAAGCGCUGCUGCUGGUGGCGGCAGCCUAAAGCGACAAAUUGUGCCGUUUCACAAGCGUUUUCUGCUCAAUAACAAUCAGUCAGCGUUAAGACCUUACAACAACAACACCACAACUACUUCCUCUACAACAACAACAGACACCAAAAUACCAAAACAAAGACAUACAACGCCGGCUGGCACGACGACGGCGACGACGACAGCGGCGGGCAGCACGCCCAGCCAGGGUGGAGCAGCGGCAACGCCAACGCUUGCUGCCGCCGCCAGCUCGUCGGUGGGCUCACCUGCAACACCAGCGCCUUCACCACAUGCCAACACACACGCCAAUCCCAACUCGGCAAACUCACAGCAGCCCACAUCGGUGCCGCCCGCGGAGCAACUGCUCAAUAUGAGUCCUCAUGCGCCCACUUCCGUUUCGAAUCUGCAGCAACCAGCGACGCCCAUUGAUCAUCUGCUGGACAAGAAUACGCCUGCGCCUACGCCAACGGAUCAGCAUGAUAGCAAAAGCAUUACCGCCUCACCCUAUGUACAUCAGACACCCAGCGUGGAACCGCCGCCGCAGCCAAAUGAAACGCAAGCGCCCGGCAGCGUGCCACAGCAGCAACCAGCCACGCCCACGCCAGCAACAGCCAAUGCCAGCAGCGGCAGCACACAGCAGCAGCACACAGCAACAACGCCUGCUGCUGCACCAACGCAGCAAUGUGGCACCAUCAGUGUUAAGAAGCUAGAGAUGCAGCAACAGCAGCCACAGACACAGUCGACGAUCAUUAAGCAGGAACCAGGCACAGCACGCGCACCGCUGCAGCAACAACAAGCACAACAACAACAACAACCCCAGCAGCCCAGUGCCAUGGAGGCAGUCAACAAUCUGUUGAAUCUCUACAAGCCACCGCAGCUGACGUUAAAGGAUGCGGAUAGCUUUUAUGACGACGAGUGGCUCAAGGAGGUCAUCUAUGAUUUUAGCUUUCAAGAGAAUUGGGAUUAUUUGCCUGUAAAGCGACCAAAGUUGAACGAGAGCAGCAAGCAGCGUCGACCACGUUAUGCCAAGAACCUCUACGAAGGACAUACGCACUUUAAGCCGUUGAUGCCUUCACCUGGCUCUGUCUACGGCUCGCUGCUGGCCAUAGAUGGCAACAGCAAUGCCCUGCAGACGACGCAGAACGCUGGCGCCGGCAGUGGACUGGUGGGCAUAGCCAGUGUUGGCUUCGGCAGCGGCGCAGCUGCUGUCAGCAACGAUGAGACGGAUCAAGCAGAGCGCAACUCUGGUAGCGGCGGCUUCUUCUCAGGCCUGGACAUCAAAACCGAACCGGGCUUGCAUUCGCCCUGCAAGGAGUCCAAAUCCCAGAGCGCAGGCAGCGGUGGCGGCAAUCUGUUUACCGCUGAAGGCCUGAAUCCCUCGCUUAACGAUUUGGAGCAGCUGUUUGAGACAAGCUCGAAUGAUGAGUGCAGCAGCGUGCAGAUCCAUACGCCACCCGACUCCAAUAAUCCCUCGAAUGGCGGCUGCAGUGCAGUAAGCAAUACCAUUGACGAGCUGAAGCGCAGCACGGCGGUGGCCAGCGCUGUGGUUGCUGCUGUGGUAGCCAGCUCCGGUGCGGGCAGCAUACAGGCUGAAGACCUGACCAAAAUGUUUCCGACGCCGCCGAGCCACGAGCAACAGCAUCCCAACUCGAGUCCCUGUCAGACAGAUGUGGUUAUGACGGAUCUCAGCGUGGAGACCAGCAGCACUUUGACAGUGGCCAGCAACGCGUCCAGCGUUAUGCUGAAGUUAACCAAGCAGGAGUACAGCGUAGAGCUGGGCAGUCCCGUCGAAGAGCCCAUUGAGGAUUGGAGUUUUGUCUACAAACCGCCGCAGCAGGAGAAAUUUGUGGGCUCGUCGCGCUAUGCGCCGUUGACCAAUCUGCCCAGUCAAACGCUGCCGCCACUCAAUAUGCCCGCCAAUUGUUACUACAAGCCCACCUGGAGUCUGGCGCACAAAACGCGUGCAGCCACAUUGGCCAAGGCGGCGGCAGCGCAGCAGCAACAGCAGCAGCAUCAAAAGCAUCAGCAGCUGCAGCAGCACAUACAACAGCAUCAGCAACAGCAGGCGGCAGCAGCAGCAGCACAACAGGCAGCAGCGGCGGCAGCAGCUGCGCAUCCGCACCAGAAACAUCAGCAUUUGCAUGAGCUGCUCUUGGCGGGGCCGAGAACGCCCAUGAAUGCAGCAGCAAUGCCCUCGCCCUCGACAGUGCCACAGCCUUUGAGCAGCGGCGGCAGCCAGCUGCUGCUCAAUCAACUCAACUGUCCGCAGGCGCCGCCAGGCAGCUCCAUGCAGCAGCUGAUGCAACGCGCCGGCAUGUCACCUGGCAUGACACCCUCGCCAGCUGGCCCCGGCGUGGGCGUGCCCUUUCCACGCAGCAGUCCCAUGCAUCAUGCGGGCAUAAGACAAACGCCAACGCAUCCACCGCCACCGUAUCCAUACGAUCUGGCCGUGGCCAGUCCAGCCAAUUCCACGUCCUCCUCGUACCUCAACAAGCAGUUCCACUCCCAGGAGCCGCAGCCGCAGGGCCAGGGCAUGCAGCAAAUGUACAUGCCCAUGGGCGGUGGUGGACCAGCUGGUGGUGGACCGGGCAUGCAUCCGCAGGACAACAAGCUGGCCAUGAUGCAUUACACGAACAGCGGCAGCAGCGCCACCAGCUUGGGCCUGCUGCAGGAGCUGCCCGAAGUCAACUCCGUGCUGGUGAACAUCUUGCUCUAUGAUACGGCGCUGAAUGUCUUUCGGGAUCACAACUUUGACAGCAGCAGCGUCUGCGUUUGCAAUGCGGAUACGCAAAAGAUUGGCAAUAUACGUGGCGCCGACUCCGGCGUCUAUGUGCCGCUGCCUGGCAGCAGCUUUAAUCCAUUUCCAUCACAUCGCAGCGGUGGCGCGCACGCCAUGCGCAUGAUUAGUGCCUUUGGUGGCGGCGGCGGCGGCGGCGUCAUGGAUCCCGGAGCUGGCUCUGGGAUGCUUGGUCAUGGUCCCAAUAGCGGCUCCAGCAGCAGCAGCUGCACGCCGCCCAGCAGCAAUCCACACAUCACUGGCUAUGUGGACGACGAUCCCGUGGAGUGCACUUGCGGCUUCAGUGCAGUCGUCAAUCGACGACUCUCACAUCGCGCUGGGCUAUUCUACGAGGAUGAGCUGGAGAUAACAGGCAUUGUGGACGAUCCCGGACGCCAUAAGCAGAGCACGCUGCUGAGCUUAAUACAAAGCUUGAGUCGCAAAAACGUGCACAAGCUGCAGGCACAGGGACAGGAGCUGGAGCGCGUGACCACAGCGGCGGCUCAGCAGCUGGAGCAGCUGGCGCAUGCCAUCUUUGAUUUGCUGCUGGACCAGUGCUCCAUUAUACGCACCUCCAGCAGCUCCGUGCAUCGCGCGCUGCAGUCGCAUCGACGUCGCAUGAGCCGGCAGCGCAGACUCUUUGGGAAUAGUGGACUGCCCACAGCUUCGAUGGCGUCCAUUGCCAAUGUGCUGGAGUUUACGGAUGCGCACGAUGUCAUCAGCCUGGCGCUGGAGCAGGCGCGUCUGGCCUUUGAGACGCAGCGCAUGGAUAUGAAUAUGCUGGAGUUUGGCCACGGCGGCCAUGGACAGUCGCAUCAUCAUCAUCAACAUACGCAUCAGCAACAGCUUAGCGCCUUUCAUCCGGCGCCCGCCCUGCGGCAGAAACUCAUGGCACUGGGCAGUGGAACGCUAACAGUGCACAAGUGGCCUUAUCUGCCCGUGGGAUUCACGCGCAGCAACAAGGAGAUAGUGCGCACCAUGAACGCCAUACAGCCGAUGCUGCAGAGCGCCUUUCAUUGCAAGUCCCGUGGUGGCGCCGCCGGCUCCAAGGAUGCCAGCUCCUAUAAUACCGUUAGCGGUCCUUUGACCUGGCGUCAAUUCCAUCGUCUGGCCGGACGCGCCUCCGGCCAGUGUGAGCCACAGCCCAUACCCUCAGUGGUGGUGGGCUAUGACAAGGAUUGGAUCUCUGUGGCGCCGCAUUCCAUACACUACUGGGACAAGUUCUUGCUCGAGCCCUACUCCUAUGCCCGGGACGUUGUCUACAUGGUCGUCUGUCCGGAUAAUGAGCAUGUGGUUGCCAGCACGCGCAGCUACUUCCGCGAGCUGAGCAGCACCUACGAGAUGUGCAAGCUGGGCAGGCAUACGCCCAUCAAGGGCUGGGACGGUGUGCUGCAAGUGGGCGCCUCCACGCCCACGGAGCGAGACCUAAGCACGCCGCUGGAUGAUUGGCUGCGCACGCUGGAGCAUGCGCCACUGGCGGAGCAAAUACGACGCUAUGCUGUGGCGUUUCUCAAUCAGCUGGCGCCCUAUUUAAGUCGCGUGCCCAAUGACAAGACGCUGCUCAAUCCGCCGGAUGCGAACAGCAGUCAUGCGCAUAAGACGCCAACAGCUGCCAGUGCCGCUGGUGAGCACAGCAUGGACACUGCCACCAGCAUCAAGCUGGAGCCCGGCACGGAUCAGGAGCAGGACAACAGCAAACAGCAGGAUCCGAAGUCCGGCUCGGCAGCAGCGGAUGUCAAGCCCACGCUCGUGCUGGGUGAUCCUCUGGGCGUGGGCGAAGCUCUCGAAGACAUUAAUCCUGCCGCCAUUGUGCUUUAUGUAGUUAAUCCCUUUACGUUCGCCUCCGAUAGCUACGAUCUGGAGCGGCUGGCCCUAAUAGCGCUGCUGCGCUGCUAUGCCGAGCUGCUCAAGGCUGUGCCGGAUUCGGUGCGUGCGCAAAUGAAUAUACAGAUUAUUUCACUGGAGUCCAUCAUGGAAUUGGGGCCUUGCGGCAAUCGUCGUCGCUUCUCGGAUGAAAUCAAGUGCCUGGCACUGAACAUUUUCUCUCAGUGCCGUCGUCAUCUGGUGCAUGCACAGCCCGUCAAGAGUCUGACGGGCUUUGGCACUGCCGCCAACAUGGAAACCUUUCUCAAGACCAAGGAUGAGCCCAAUCGACGCGCCUACAAAAUGUACACGCCGCCCUUUGUGCUGGCGCCCAUGCAUGAGCGCAACGACAAGACGGACUUCUCACGCGCCGCCGGCAGCAUGCAUGGCCAGAAUGAGACUCGCUACUCGGUUAUGUAUUGCAACUAUUGCCUGAGCGAGGAUCAGGCCUGGCUGCUGGCCACCGCCACCGAUGAGCGUGGCGAGCUGCUCGAGAAGGUCUGCAUCAACAUCGAUGUGCCCAAUCGCUCGCGACGACGCAAGGCGCCCGCGCGCUAUGUGGCGCUCAAGAAGCUCAUGGACUUUGUCAUGGGCCUGAUAUCGCAGACCUCGCAAAUGUGGCGUCUGGUCAUCGGACGCAUUGGGCGCAUCGGCCACAGCGAGCUCAAGUCGUGGAGCUAUCUGUUGAGCAAAACGCAACUGCAGAAGGCUUCCAAACAGUUCAAGGACAUGUGCAAACAGUGCACGCUCAUGUAUCCACCCACCAUAUUGAGUGCCUGCUUGGUAACACUGGAACCAGAUGCCAAGCUACGUGUUAUGCCCGAUCAGUUUACGCCGGAUGAGCGCUUCUCCCAAAUCUCCAUGCAGAAUCCGCUUUCCACGCCCCAGGAUGUCACCUGUACACACAUUCUGGUCUUUCCCACCAGCGCUGUCUGUGCGUCCUUUACGCGCCAAUUCCAAAACGAGCCGCAGGUGGACGAUGACUUUCUCACCUUUGGCGAGGAGGAGGGCAACGAGGACUUUAGCGACGCUGACAUUGGAGAUCUCUUUUGGGAUUCUCACAUGGAUCGUGUCUCGAAUCAUGGCAGUCCUGGACGCAUGGAAGACAAUCGCAGCUGGCAAAGCGCUGGUGGCAACAAUUUCAAAUGCACGCCGCCUCAGGAAGUGGAGGAGGUUGGCUCACUGAAUCAGCAGCCCAUUUCCGUUGGCUAUAUGGUUUCGACAGCGCCAACGGGUCGCAUGCCCGCCUGGUUUUGGUCGGCCUGUCCACAUCUGGAGGAUGUUUGUCCUGUCUUUCUGAAAACGGCGCUGCAUUUGCAUGUGCCCAAUAUACAAAUCGCCGACGAUAUACUCAACUCGACCAAUGCCCAUCAGUCGGCAAAUGAUCAUCCCUUGGACUCGACGCUUACUGCCGAUGUCUUGCGCUUUGUGCUCGAGGGCUACAAUGCGCUCUCCUGGCUGGCGUUAGACUCGAAUACGCACGAUCGUCUCUCCUGUCUGCCCAUCAAUGUGCAGACUCUCAUGGAUCUAUACUAUUUGACGGCAGCCAUUGCUUAACAU